AUGGUGCUGCCUGCGGAGAGGACGGUGGCGGAUGGUUGGCUGCCGACCUACGCCAACUUCGUCAAGGCAAGUUCUCGAGGCAAGCGCAGCGCCGGCUACGAAGGCUGGACCGCCCGUGAGCUGAAGGUGGCGGCCAGCACCUUCCCUUUCCUGACGCGUGAGCUGUACGACCUCCGGGUGGCCACGACUCGCUGCCUGGGGACGCAGAGCAUGACGAGGCUGGCGGAUUGCCCUCAGCAGGUUCGUGAGCUGCAGGAAUUGCUCUUUUCUUGGAGAGUGGUCGGGGUUCCGAAGAAGUGCGAGCGACAGGAGUGGCACCUCGGAGAGCAGAAGAAGAUCGAGCACAUAGGGAUCGAGGCCGCGCCCGACAACCCGGCCAUACCUACCACACCCGCUGGAAGGUGGAAGAAGUUGUACGCUGCCAUCGAAACUCUACGGAGCAUUCCUGGCAGCUCGAAGACGAGGUUGAGGGCUGUGGAGGCUUACGUCAAGCCGCUCUGGCUUUGGUGCACGCCAGUCUUCGUGGCCCCUCCGACGGACAUGGCUUCCAAGUUGAUGUCUGCCAUUUUACGCACGCGUUGUACGUGGUGGUGCAGAGGCAGACUCUGGGCGCUGCACAUCGGUCACCACCCCUUGUACUCGAGCCUCAUGACGAGCAUCCAGCGCUUGACGGACUGGGACCUCGAGAUGAACCUUUGGACGGAGAACAACAGCAGGGACCUCUUCAAGCACGUGGGCCUGGCGAAGCUGCUUUGCCUCUGCUACUACAGGGAGGAUGCGCAGAAGGGCAGCUGCAAGGGAAACUCCAAGGAGGGCUGCAGCAAGAGGAGGUGCGCGUUCCAGACUCCAGAAGGCCCGCUCGCCCACAUCACCUGCUUCGGCGGCCCGCCCUCGGCGCGGGCGCCCUCGGCGCGGGCGCCCGCGGCGCGGGCUCCCUCGCGGCCGUCUGCGAGGAGCCGGCCGCCCGACCAGCACGGCGCGAGCGGUUGCGGCAGAGGUCACGCCGCCAGGAAAAUCUGCCUCUUCGAGGACACCGUCCGAGGCAGAAGGUGCAAGUUUGGCGAGAGGUGCCACGACAAGCACCUCGACACCUGUCUGGAGGCGGACUUCAACGAGUUUACCCAAGCGAGCGCUCGGCACCCGCGGAGACAAGAGCAUUGCCCAGGCGGCGCCGCGGAGCCCCGCGCCGCUCGCGAGGGCAGCCGGCGGCGGGAGGGGAGCCGCGCCGCGGGCGACAGGUGGAGGGCCGGCGCCGAGCAGGGCGGCCGUACCCGCACCGCACCGGCCGCGCAGCCGGGGGCGGUGCCGCGGAGUGGUGCCGAG